UCUAGAUGCUGUAUAGCUAAUUUGCAGUUAAAUGUGUUCAAACCAGUGAUCAUUAAAAAUGUUCUGCAAUCUAUCCGUCUCCUCUCAGACGCCAUCAUUUCUUUUGACAAGCAUUGCAUAUCUGGAAUACAACCAAACACUAAACGGAUCGAAUGGCUUAUGAAUCAAUCAUUGAUGUUGGUCACGGCGCUUAAUCCGCACAUUGGUUACGAUAAAGCUGCCAAGGUUGCCAAAAAGGCUCACAUCGAAGGAAUUACGCUAAAAGAGGCUGCAAUCUCGCUCGGCUUUCUUACUGACGAGCAGUUCGACACCUGGGUCAAGCCUGAAAAUAUGAUUGGCCCAAAAUAA